GACUUUUACAACUGUUGCUGACUUCAAAGUUACACUUUAUCAGAUCACAUGACGUCUUGCACUCUGGACCGCAGAUAAAAGCCUUCACUGCACAUGCAUCUGCAUGCAAUCUGGAGGUCAGAGCGAACAUGGCAACCUGCUGGGGAAUCUGUGGAGCUGGAAACAUCAGCCAUGACUUCUGUGUGGCUCUGAAGACACUUUCUCAUGAGGAACACCAGAUAGUUGCAGUUGCAGCAAGAAGCUUAGACCGUGCAAAGAAGUUUGCAAAGACUCAUGGGAUCCCGACUGCAUUUGGCAGCUACCAGGAGCUGGUGAAGAAUCCAGAUAUCGAUGUGGUGUACAUCGGGGUUCUCCACACACAUCAUCUGCCGGUGGGUCUGCUGUUCCUGAACGCUGGGAAGAACGUGCUCUGUGAGAAACCCUUGGCCAUGAACCACAGAGAGGUCAUGCAUCUCAUCUCAGCCGCCAGAGAGAACAACGUCUUCCUCAUGGAGGCGGUCUGGUCCAGGUGUUUCCCCGUGUAUGCUGAGGUCGGCAGGCUGCUCUCAGAAAACACCGUCGGGGAGGUGAAGAUGGUGAAGGUGUGUUUCGGUCUUCCUCUUCUGCACCGCGAGCGCACCACACAGAAGGAGCAGGGCGGAGGAGCGCUGAUCAACAUCGGCAUCUACUGCCUGCAGUUCGCUCUGAUGGUGUUCAAGAGAGAAAGACCAGAAUCCAUCCACGCCACGGGAGUCCUGCUGCCCUCAGGAGUGGACGAGUCUCUGGUGGUGGUCCUGAAGUUCUCGGGGAACAGGAUGGCCAUAUGCACUUGCACCGUUGCUUGUGAUCUUCCAAACGACGCCAGCAUCUGCGGAAGCAAAGGAAUCAUCAGAGUGGCACAUCCCAUGCACUGCCCAACCUCUCUGGAGGUGAAGGGGAAGGAGACGGCGUUUCCUCUUCCUGACCCCGGCCUGCCUCUGAACUUCACCAACAGCACAGGACUGAGAUAUGAAGCGGAGGAAGUCCGGCGCUGUCUGCUGAAAGGACUGAAGGAAAGCGUCAAGAUGUCUCUCGCAGACUCAGAGCUGCUCAUCGAGGUCAUGGAUGAGGCCCGGAGGCAGGUGGGCGUGGUUUACCAGCAAGACAGCCAAUGACUGGCCUCCAUUCCUUGAUUGACCUGAUUGG